AUGAACGGGAUGCGGGGCCGCGGGGGCGGCUACGCGGGAACGGGCUUCGGGGCCGGGCCGCGCAGCCACAGGGCGCAGAAGGAGGACCGCAAGGUGGCGGUGACGUUUGGGCGGGGCGACGGCGAUCAGCACUGCAGCGGGAUUCAGUCUUUGGUGCUGACUGCUGCUGGGGAUCGGCUAUUCACAGCUUCUAGGGAUGCAACUGUGAAAAGGUGGAAUGUGGAAGAGGGUCAAAGGCCCAGGUUUGAGACCAGCUUUGAUGGCCACAGUGAAUGGGUCAAUGAUGCAGUGUUGGUGCGAGACAAGCUCCUUGUGACGGGCUCCUCGGACAAGACGUUGAGAGUCUGGGAUGCCCAUUCUGCAGGUCACCAGAUGCUGUCUCGGCAGUCUCAUUCGGACUAUGUGACUGCCCUUGCUGCUUCCCCAGUGGAGGCACUGGUGGCAUCUGCAGGCCUCAGGGCUGAAGUCUGCUUGUGGGAUUUGAAGCAAAGUCCUGAAAAGUUGACCAGCCUGAAGCUUUUUCCACGUGACCCCAGCAAAGAGAAGGGCAGCAUGUAUGCUGUAGCACUGUCCUCGGCAGGCACGCUCGUGGCGGCAGGUUCAUCAGAUGACAUCACCCGCAUAUUCGAUGCGCGUUCAGGGAAAAAGGUCAUGAAACUGAAGGGUCACACCGGGAACAUCCGUGCCCUGCUGUUCAAUGCAGAGGGUACUCGACUUCUGUCCGGGUCGUCUGACCACACAUUCAAAUUGUGGGAUCUUGGUCUGCAGAGAUGCAUACAGACAUGUGGUGUACAUAUGGACUCCGUGUGGUCCUUGGUCGCCUCAGACAACUUCAAUGUGGUGCUCAGCGGCGGAAGGGACAAAUGUGUGUACAGAACCAAUAUGCUGAAUCGCACAAGUGAGCUGCUUUUCAUGGAAGAACACCCCAUAACCAAGAUGGCUGCCAGCCCCAGUGGUGGAUCUGUGUGGGUUGCAACGGCCAGCUCCAGUGUCAACAAGUGGAACAUCCCUGUCAAGCUGCCCACAGACUCGUCCUUGUGGAAUGCUCCGGAUGGUAGCAAAGCUGUGCCAGGUCGACCACAUCUGUUGCACGCAUCUCACCGUCGUUCAUCCGAUGUGAGCAAGCUGCUUGACCCGCUUCAACCCAAUCCUGCUGCCACGAUCACUGGCCUCCCUGCGAUCAUUGAUCGUGCGGUCCUCAGGAACCAGCGGCACCUGCUCUUGAAGGACCAAACUGGGGAAGUGACGCUCCUCGAUGUCACAUCUGGCAGAAUCGUCAAAAAUUACGGAGUUGUGGAUUUCAAGACCAUGGAGGCCGACCUCUUUGAACCCAACUCAGUGCCAAAAUGGUUUGAUCAUGACAACAGGCUGGGCAUGGUCACAGUGACGCUUGAGACCCCAAAGUGCUUCUUUGCUGAGGUGUAUGCGAGGGAUUUUGGUGUGGAUGCACCAGAGGACAGGAGGAUGAACUACGGCGAUGGGAUGCUGAGGGGCGUGUUCGCCACAUGGGCUUUUCACAGGAAACCUGAGUUUCUGGAGCAUGCUCCGGGGGACAGCAUGGACCUGUGGGGAAAGGGCUGGGCCGAUGCUGAGGGGAGGACGAUGCCAAGCUUCAGGUUUUGGGAGCGGACGAGACCUGCUGUGUGGGUGUCUUCCACAAACACAGAGGGCGAGGUGUGGCGUGCUUCUGUUCAAAUGCUUCCAAAGGCAGUCAACGAUCGGGAAGAUAUACCUGAAUGGGUGGCAGAAUGCGUCUUGAGGCUCCGAAUACCAACACAGAAGAGCUGGAAAUGCUCAUUUCACCUUAUCCCUCUAGAUGACUCCUUACCGCAACUCAACCAAAGCAGGCUGACGGCACCACGCAUCCUACAAAUAAGAAAGGUGUCCCAGUACUUGAAGCAAAAGUUGCUGGAGCUCGACCCCCCAGUCAACGUGGAGAUCCCCCCUGUGGACUUUACUGACGUAACCAACGAUCCUUACUACACCGAAAAGAGGGAUAGCGAUGAGCCUUACCAGGAGGUGGUGCUCACAUGCAAGGACUAUGCGCUGCCGUUUUCGAUGAGCGUCGGCUCUGUGAUCGAGUACAUAUGGCGGGAAGGCGACGAGGAUCUGGACAUUAUGUACUGCAUGCGAGGAAGAGAGUUCCCUCUUCCAGAUAUCCCCCCUCGCGUGUCAUGA